ACCAAAGGAGAGAGAAAAGAUUGCUCUUUUUUAUUUUCUUCCUUCUUCUUCCUCCUCCUCUUCAUCCAGAGAGAGACAGAAAGAGAGAGAGUGAGCGAGUUUUGGAGAGAUAAGCGCCUGCUUCUUCGGCAUUUCCGCCAGAUAAAGUUAAAAGCUAGAGCUGGAUUUAUGGACGGAUGCUACUAUUAAUGGCGGGUCUUAAAUCUUAAUCUCAAGUUCAUUGUUCAAAUUGCGUGUCCAACAUUGCUGACUUGCUUCUCGGUUUAAAUGGAGAUUAUUUGUUAGGGUUUUGAUUUACUGUAUCUCGUAUUCCUUUUGGCUAGACCUGAAGUUGGUUGAACUAGGGUUCAGGGCCAUCAACUUGUGAAUCGAUAUCAUAGUUGUGAAAGCAGAAUGGGCGAUACUGAAGAAGCCCACACUGACAUGAUGCAUAAUCUUCAAUCCUCGUUCGGAACUUCAUCAUCUUCGAUUCUGAAACAACCUUUAAGUAUGGACCAACUCAGUGUACCCCAAUUCAACCCCUCACAAAUGCGCGCGCGGCAUUUUCAGCAGACUUUUGGCGGGGAUAGUAAUAAUAAUAAAAGAGUGGGCAUACCACCAUCACAUCCCCACCAGAUCCCACCGAUUUCUCCAUAUUCCCAGAUCCCUGUGUCGAGACCCGCGUCACAGCAAAAUGUUAGCCCAGGACCUACACAUUCGCGAUCAUUAUCACAGCCUCCGUUUUUCUCGCUCGAUUCUCUGCCUCCCUUAAGCCCUUCUCCUUUUCGAGACUCCACUUCAACUUCCAUGUCAGACCCAGCUUCGGCUGAUGUAUCUAUGGAGGAUCGGGAUGUGAGUUCGCAUUCGUUAUUGCCACCUUCACCUUUUACAAGGGGUAAUCCUUCACGGGUUGGAGAAAGUUUACCCCCGCGUAAAGCACAUAGGCGCUCUAACAGUGAUAUUCCAUUUGGGUUUUCUACUGUAAUGCAAUCUUCGCCUCCUCUUAUUCCACUAAGGGGUUCUGGUGGAUUAGAUAGGUCACUGUCUGGAAGAGAAAAUUCAGGUGGAGGUUUAGCAAAGUCUGCACAAUUAGUUAAAAAGGAAACAAGUUGGGACAGAAUUGUUGACCACAAUAUAGAGGGAUCAGGUGAGAAGAAAUCCCCUGAAGGGGAAGUUGUGGAUGAUCUUUUCUCUGCAUACAUGAACUUGGAUAACAUUGAUGCACUUAACUCUUCGGGGACUGAUGACAAAAAUGGUAAUGAAAAUCACGAUGAUUUGGAUAGUAGAGCAAGUGGAACAAAGAUAAAUGGAGGUGACAGCAGUGAUAAUGAAGCAGAAAGCAGUGUCAACGAAACUGGGGCCAACAUGCAAAGACAGGGAACCAAAUCUUCGAAUGAAAUGAAGGAAGGGAUGAAAAGGAGUGCGGGAGGAGAUAUUGCACCCACCACAAGACACUACAGAAGUGUCUCAAUGGAUAGUUUCAUCGGAAAACUAAACUUCAAUGAUGACUGUCCUAAACUGCCACCUUCUCCAGGUCCUCGUCCUGGGCAGAUUUCUCCUACCAAUUCAAUUGAUGGUAAUUCAUCUGCCUUUAGUUUGGAGUUUGGAAAUGGAGAAUUUAGUGGGCCUGAGUUGAAGAAAAUUAUGGCCAACGAAAAACUUGCUGAGAUUGCUUUAACAGAUCCUAAGCGGGCAAAAAGGAUUCUGGCAAAUAGACAAUCAGCUGCACGUUCCAAAGAACGGAAGAUGCGAUACAUUUCUGAACUAGAACACAAGGUUCAGACGCUGCAGACAGAAGCGACCACGCUAUCUGCACAGCUGACCCUGUUGCAGAGAGAUUCCGUGGGGCUCACAAACCAGAAUAAUGAGUUGAAGUUCCGCCUUCAAGCCAUGGAACAACAGGCAAAACUCCGAGAUGCACUAAAUGAAGCUCUAACUGCUGAGGUUCAACGACUCAAACUCGCCACAGCUGAGUUGAAUGGUGAAUCUCAUGGUUCAGGCUGCAUGAUCUCGCAGCAUUCUAUCAACCCUCAGAUGUUCCAAUCGCAGAGGCAGCAAUCACAGGCAUGCCAACCAAACGUUCAGAUGCAGCAACAGCAGCAGCAUCAACAUCAACAGAACAGUAGUGCUGCCUCGAAGAUUGACUCAAAACACUAGGUUGUGAAGACUGUUUUGCAGCUGAAUGGUUCUGGUGGCUCUGAAAAUUUAACAUCAUUUCAUUGCAUUUAUUCAUAGUUUUUGCUUUUUACGGGAAUUCUCUUAAGUUAUGAUGUUCAUAAAGUUCGAUCUGCUUUGCCUGUCCAGCUCGGACCAUGGUUUGAAGUCAUAUAUAUACAAGUCCUAAUUCCAGUAUUAUCUAUAAGUUACAGUUUAUAUUUAAUUUAAGUAGAUAUGUUAAAUUGUAAACAUUUCUUUGGACAUAAUUUGUUUUAUAGUAUUGACGUAUUAUUGGUUAAAGCAGUGUAUAAACUGUUCUUGUAAAGGAAUGAUCAUUCCCGAA